CCGACGUCUGUCCGAACAGGAAGCAGGCGGGAGCUCGGUCGCCACCGCCACCGCCACCGCCGCCGCCGCCCGGCCCCUGAGCUCAUCCGCGCCGGCGCCAUCCUCCCGGCCUCGCCGCCUCUGCGCCGCGCACCUGCCCUCCGUCCGCCGCGAUCUAGUGGCUCAUGUAAACUACCGGUGCAGACGAGAAACCGGAGGAGACAAAGCUUCAUGUCUGGGAUGGGAGGUUUGAGGCCACCUCCCCAACCCCUCCCCCUUGGCAGGCACUAGUCACUCUUCGGUGUCUGAGAUACUAGCUCUCUUCAAAAAUGGAGGACGGGAAGCCCGUCUGGGCACCACACCCUACAGAUGGUUUUCAGAUGGGCAAUAUUGUGGAUAUUGGCCCUGACAGCUUAACUAUUGAACCCCUGAACCAAAAAGGCAAGACGUUCUUGGCUCUCAUAAACCAAGUGUUCCCUGCAGAAGAGGACAGUAAGAAAGAUGUGGAAGAUAACUGUUCACUAAUGUAUUUAAAUGAAGCCACACUCCUUCAUAAUAUCAAAGUUCGAUACAAUAAAGACAGAAUUUAUACAUAUGUCGCCAACAUUCUGAUUGCAGUGAACCCAUACUUUGACAUACCUAAAAUAUAUUCUUCAGGAACAAUAAAGUUGUACCAAGGCAAAUCUCUUGGGACAAUGCCACCUCAUGUCUUUGCAAUUGCUGAUAAGGCUUUUCGAGACAUGAAGGUACUCAAGAUGAGUCAGUCUAUCAUUGUAUCUGGAGAAUCAGGAGCUGGCAAAACGGAAAAUACAAAAUUUGUUCUAAGAUAUCUGACUGAAUCCUAUGGAACAGGUCAAGAUAUUGAUGAUAGAAUUGUUGAAGCUAACCCACUCUUAGAAGCCUUUGGAAAUGCAAAGACUGUUCGUAACAAUAAUAGCAGUAGAUUUGGAAAAUUUGUUGAAAUACAUUUCAAUGAAAAGAGUUCAGUUGUCGGAGGCUUUGUUUCACAUUAUCUUCUAGAGAAAUCCAGAAUCUGUGUCCAAGGCAAAGAGGAAAGGAAUUACCAUAUCUUUUAUAGGUUGUGUGCUGGUGCUUCUGAAAAUAUUAGGGAAAAGCUCCAUUUGAGCUCCCCAGAUAAUUUUCGGUAUUUAAACCGAGGCUGCACCAGAUACUUUGCUACCAAAGAAACUGACAAGCAGAUUUUACAGAAUCGAAAAAGUCCUGAGUAUCUUAAGGCAGGUUCCUUGAAAGAUCCUCUGUUGGAUGACCAUGGAGAUUUUAUCAGGAUGUGCACGGCCAUGAAAAGGAUCGGCUUGGACGACGAAGAAAAGCUUGAUCUUUUCCGGGUGGUGGCUGGUGUCCUGCACCUUGGAAAUAUCGACUUUGAGGAGGCUGGCAGCACUUCAGGCGGCUGUAAUCUGAAGAAUCAGUCUGCCCAGUCCCUGGAGCACUGUGCCGAGUUACUGGGUCUGGAGGAAGAGGAUCUCCGCGUGAGCUUGACUACGAGAGUCAUGCUGACCACAGCGGGGGGCGCCAAAGGAACAGUCAUAAAGGUGCCCCUGAAAGUAGAGCAGGCAAACAACGCUCGUGAUGCCUUGGCGAAGACUGUCUACAGCCAUCUUUUUGAUCAUGUGGUCAACAGGGUAAAUCAGUGUUUUCCUUUUGAAACGUCAUCCUAUUUUAUUGGAGUCCUUGAUAUUGCUGGGUUUGAGUACUUUGAGCAUAAUAGUUUUGAACAAUUUUGCAUCAACUAUUGCAAUGAAAAGCUUCAACAAUUUUUUAACGAAAGGAUUCUGAAGGAGGAGCAAGAACUCUAUCAAAAAGAAGGUUUGGGUGUUAAUGAAGUGCAUUAUGUGGAUAAUCAGGACUGUAUAGAUUUAAUUGAAGCAAAAUUAGUGGGAAUAUUGGAUAUUUUGGAUGAAGAAAAUCGUCUUCCCCAGCCAAGUGAUCAACACUUUACAUCUGCAGUUCACCAGAAGCACAAAGACCACUUCCGACUCACUAUUCCCAGAAAAUCUAAGCUGGCUGUUCACAGGAACCUCCGAGACGAUGAAGGCUUCAUCAUCAGGCACUUCGCGGGGGCUGUUUGCUACGAGACGAUCCAGUUUGUGGAAAAAAAUAACGACGCCUUACAUAUGUCUCUUGAAUCCUUAAUAUGUGAAUCCAGGGAUAAGUUUAUUCGGGAAUUAUUUGAAUCAUCCACAAAUAACAACAAAGAUACUAAACAAAAAGCAGGAAAGCUUAGCUUCAUCAGUGUGGGAAACAAGUUUAAGACACAGUUAAAUUUGCUUCUGGAUAAACUUCGAAGCACUGGAGCAAGCUUUAUUCGUUGUAUCAAACCUAAUUUAAAGAUGACAAGCCACCACUUUGAAGGUGCUCAAAUUUUGUCUCAGCUUCAAUGUUCAGGCAUGGUGUCUGUUUUGGACUUGAUGCAGGGUGGUUUCCCAUCACGAGCCUCAUUUCAUGAACUCUACAACAUGUAUAAAAAGUAUAUGCCAGAUAAACUUGCAAGACUAGACCCAAGACUCUUUUGUAAGGCUCUGUUUAAAGCUCUGGGCUUAAAUGAAAUUGACUACAAGUUUGGGUUAACAAAAGUAUUUUUUAGACCUGGCAAGUUUGCAGAGUUCGAUCAGAUCAUGAAGUCGGACCCUGACCACUUGGCAGAGCUGGUUAAGAGAGUCAGCCACUGGCUGGUCUGCAGCCGCUGGAAGAAAGUGCAGUGGUGCGCCCUCUCCGCCAUCAAGUUGAAAAACAAAAUAAUGUAUCGAGCUGAAGCCUGCAUUAAAAUGCAAAAAACUAUUCGAAUGUGGCUUUGCAAAAGGAGACACAAACCUCGCAUCGAUGGCCUGGUUAAGGUGGGAACACUGAAGAGACGACUUGAUAAAUUUAAUGAAGUUGUAAGUGCACUGAAAGAUGGAAAACCAGAGAUGAACAAACAGGUCAAGAACCUUGAAAGUUCUAUUGAUGCUUUAAUGGCCAAAAUUAAGUCCACUCUGAUGACAAGGGAGCAGAUCCGGAAGGAAUAUGAUGCACUGGUCAGGAGCUCCGAGGAGCUCCUGGGCGCCUUGCAGAAGAAGAAGCAGCAGGAGGAGGAAGCAGAAAGGCUGAGGCGCAUCCAGGAGGAGAUGGAGAAGGAGAGGCGGCGGCGCGAGGAGGACGAACAACGCCGGAGAAAGGAAGCGGAGGAGCGGCGCCUGAAACUUGAGAUGGAAGCAAAGAGAAAACAAGAAGAAGAAGAGAGAAAGAAAAGGGAGGAUGAUGAGAAGCGUAUUCAGGCCGAGGUGGAGGAGCAGCUGGCCCGGCAGCGGGAGGAGGAGGCCCAGCAGCAGGCGGUUCUGGAGCAGGAGCGCCGGGACCGGGAGCUGGCCCUGCGGAUUGCCCAGAGCGAGGCGGAGCUCAUCAGCGACGAGGCGCAGGCCGACCCGGCGCUGCGGAGCUUGGAUUCCUAUCCAGUAACUUCUAAAAUUGAAGGAUCAAGACCCAGAAUGACACCGGAACAAAUGGCGAAAGAAAUGGCAGACUUUGUGAGUAGAGGUCCUGCUGUUCAAGCCACCAAGGCAGCUGCUGGUACCAAGAAGCACGAUCUGAGCAAAUGGAAAUACGCAGAACUCCGAGACACCAUCAACACCUCCUGCGAUAUUGAGCUCCUGGCAGCUUGCAGAGAAGAAUUUCAUAGGAGACUAAAAGUGUAUCAUGCUUGGAAAUCUAAGAACAAGAAGCGAAAUACUGAAACCGAACAGCGUGCUCCAAAGUCUGUUACUGAUUACGAUUUUGCACCAUUUUUGAACAAUUCACCCCAGCAGUGUGCGGCUGCUGCGCCCCUGGCGCGGCCGCAGGAGGUCGGCGGGCCCCGGCCCCAGCGCUUCUUCCGCAUCCCGUUCAUCCGUCCCGCGGACCAGUACAAAGAGCCGCAGAGCAAGAAGAAGGGCUGGUGGUACGCGCACUUCGACGGGCCGUGGAUUGCCCGGCAGAUGGAGCUCCACCCCGACAAGCCGCCCAUCCUCCUCGUGGCUGGUAAGGAUGACAUGGAGAUGUGUGAGCUGAAUCUUGAAGAGACAGGCCUGACUCGAAAGCGUGGUGCUGAGAUUUUGCCGAGACAGUUUGAGGAAAUCUGGGAGCGCUGCGGGGGCAUCCAGUACCUGCAGCGUGCCAUCGAGAGCAGGCAGGCCAGGCCCACGUACGCCACGGCCAUGCUGCAGGGUCUGCUCAAGUGACCUCGCCCCGGCCUGCGGCCGCGUGCCCCUGCCGUGUGCUUGGCGGGCUGUGCGCCCAGGGAUCGUGUUAGAAUUACUUACUCAGUGAACACACCUCAUUAAUCACAGCUUUUUGUUAAUUUAAGGUAAAUUAUAGUAGUGAAAUGGGGACCUAAAAAUUGUUUUCCUGCACCCUCCUGUAACUGUUAAACCUCUCAUUAUUCUAAUACUUGAAUCACUUGGACAGAUUCUGACAGUUCUCAUUCUUUGCCAGUAGACACUUUUAAGUCCACCAUAUUUGUUCUGUAGAAAAACAUAUUUUGAAAAUUCAAAAUACUUGCUCUGUAAGGGUGGCAGACACACUGAGCAGCUGGGGUAUGAGACUUUCACUUAAAUUUUCACAUAAAAAUUAAGGCAGGUAUGAUCAAGGCACUGAUGUUCAAAUCUGAAAAGUUGUGUGCUUUCUUUACUCACAUUUUCAGAAAUUGCCAUUUUUCUGCCUCCUUUAAUUUGAGUAAAGCAAUUCUGAAGUUCUAGAUUUCCAGGAAGAGCCUGGGUGCAUGGGCUGUGCUCUGUGCAUGAUAAAGAAGGCGAGCCCGUAUUGUGCAGGGGUCAGGUUUUCUUCUCUGUCACAUUGUGUUGCUGUAAGAAUGUUUCUUAUAGUCGGUGGGCAAACAGAGGACGUUCAGAUCAUUUACCUGCUUAAAAGUUUUGAGAUAAUUUACAAAAGUAAAUGGGCCUUAGGCAGCCCUGUGGCUGAAUUGGACUGAACUAAAAUGUUCUUUCAACUUCAUCUCAGUUGUAAUUUUUGUAUCAGAAUCUUGUCCAAGUUGUUUCAUAUGACUUAAUUUAGUGUUCUGCUUCAAAACAUCUUUGUUUCUAAAAAAUACCUGGUGUCGUCUUUUGGCCUUUGAGAUCUUGGUAAUUGUAGGGCUGUGUGUAGCUUUGUGAUUCAGAAGCCCUUGUACUAGUGAUUGCUUGUUUCAUGUGACUGAUAAUUUAAAAAAGAGAAGUUUUCUUUGUGUGCUGUUACUUUUGAUCAAAUGUCAGUGGUUUCAAGCCUAACAUUUAUGACUUUCGUAUUAGGAAUUUGGAGACAAAAUACAGCAAGGAAUUAUAUUGACAUAAUCCUAAGGAGUCUUGUUUGUAUUUUAGAAUAAAAUUGGAAAUAAAAUUCUCUGCACUUUU